ACGAGCAUGCGCAGUUUCCUUUGUUGGGAGGACCGCAGUUCGCACAUUAGGAGCGCGAGUCGGCUGAGGGAAGAAACGGCAUGCUGGAGAAAAAACCGUCAGUCCGCUCUAAUGACCCCUCCCAGCGCCGGGUCUUGGACUCGGCCACCCGGCAGCGGCGCCUGAAUCGGCAGCUGGAGGCUUUGGAGAAGGACAACUUCCAGGACGACCCGCACGCCAACCUCCCGCAGCUCAAGCGCCUGCCGCAGUUCGAUGACGACACCGAGACGGGGAAGAAAAAGAAGAAAACGCGAGGAGAUCACUUCAAGCUGAGAUUCCGCAAGAACUUCCAGGCCCUUCUGGAGGAGCAGAACCUGAGCUCCAGUGAGGGCCCCAACUACCUGACGUGUUGUGCGCCGCCCUCUAACUUCCCCCAGCGUCACUUCUGCUCGGUGUGCGGCUUCCCCUCUCAUUACUGCUGUGUGUCCUGCGGGGCGCGCUAUUGCUGCAUUAAGUGUCUGGGGACGCAUCAGGAGACCAGGUGUCUGAAGUGGACGGUGUGACGCUCUGCGGACGUGUAAUUACUGUAAAUAGGAGAGGUUCUGCUGAAUAAACAUUGAUUUUUAUUUUUUUUGU